AUGGAAAAAUCCAAAAAUUUCCGCAUCGACGCUCUGCUAGCGGUCGACCCCCCGAAAGCAGCCUCGGCGCAAACCUCUCCGCUGGCCCUGGUCACGUCGCUCGCGGCAGCCACAACUGGCCACGGCGGCGGCAGCGGCGGCGGCGGGGCGAGCAGUGCGGGCAGCGGCGGCGGCAGCAGCAGCUGCAGCCCUGCGUCCUCGGAGCCCCACGCGGCCGCCGCCGACUGCCUGCGCGCCGAGAGCCCGUCGCCGCCGCGCCUGCUGGCAGCGCACUGCGGGCUGCUGCCCAAGGCUGGCUUCCUGGGAGCUGGCGGCGGCGGGGGCGGCGGCGGGGCCGGCAGCGGCGGCGCUGCCGGGGGCCACCACCACCACGCGCACCCGGGCGCGGCCGCCGCCGCCGCAGCUGCUGCUGCCGCCGCCGCCGCCGCCGCAGGGGGCAUGGCCCUGGGGCUGCACCCGGCGGCGGCGGCGGCGCAGGGCGGCGCGGGCCUCCCGGCGCAGGCGGCGCUCUACGGCCACCCGGUCUACGGCUACUCGGCAGCAGCGGCGGCGGCGCUGGCUGGUCAGCACCCGGCCCUCUCCUACUCGUAUUCGCAGGUGCAGGGCGCGCACCCCGCGCACCCUGCCGACCCCAUCAAGCUCAGCGCCGGUACCUUCCAGCUGGACCAGUGGUUGCGCGCGUCCACCGCGGGCAUGAUCCUGCCCAAGAUGCCCGACUUUAACUCCCAGGCACAGUCGAACCUGCUGGGGAAGUGCCGCCGGCCCCGCACGGCCUUCACCAGCCAGCAGCUGCUGGAGUUGGAGCACCAGUUCAAACUCAACAAGUACCUGUCGCGGCCCAAGCGCUUCGAGGUGGCCACUUCGCUCAUGCUCACGGAGACCCAGGUGAAAAUCUGGUUCCAGAAUCGGCGGAUGAAAUGGAAACGCAGCAAAAAGGCCAAAGAGCAGGCGGCACAGGAGGCAGAGAAGCAGAAGGGCGCGGGCCCAGGAAAAGGCGGCGGCGGAGACGAAGAGAAGGAGGACGAGGAGCUGCUGGGGCCUCCAGCCUCCGGGGAGAAAGGCAGCGGCCGCCGCCUUCGGGACUUGAGGGACAGUGACCCCGAGGAGGACGAGGAGGAGGGCGACCAGGACCCUUUCCCCUACAGCAACGGCACCGACCCGAACGCUCCCUCCUCCGACUGCUCCUCAGAGGACGACUCGCCACACACGCGGCCUGGUGGCCAGGGGCACCAGCCCCCGCCGCAAUAG